CACUUCCUCUAUCAAGGUCAAGGCUGUCAGCCAUGUUGACCGAAGUUUGACAGUAACUUUUCAAGAUGAGUUAUGACGGAAGGGUAGUGAAAUACCUAACAUCUAAAGACUAUGCUCUGAAAAGAGAUGAGGUCAUCAAUGCAAGAUGGAUCUUUAGGAAAUCCCUUAGAGUGGCUGGUGUUUUGACAGGAGCUUUUGUUGGCUGCAUGGCCAUAGACAUGAACAUCAAGUCAGCCAACAGUAAUCACACCUUUGGCUCUCUUGUCAACCAUUAUUUUGCCACCACCAUCUUAAAAGGGAUUGGUCACUUUCAAGAGAAGAGGUUGCAGUAUGACUGUUAUAAAGCCACCAGUGUCCAAGAGAAAAUCCUGCUGCAGCGUCUCAGAGCUAAUGCUGCCACUGAUUAUGGCAAGGAUCACAAAUUUUCAGAGAUCAAGUCGGCAGAGAUGUUUAGGAAAAGUCACCCACUGACCAGGUAUGCCCACUUCCAGCCUUACAUCACUCGGCUUCACCAAGGGGAACAAAAUGUGCUGACCAAAGACUCUCCAGUCAUCCUAGCAGUCACGUCAGGGACCUCGGGGCACAGCAAACUCAUCCCCAUGAUAAAGAAGCAGCAGACAAACUUUAUGCUGCAGGGCGUGGCUGUAUCGUAUUCUGUAAUGAGAGGGAAAGUCCCCAGCACAAGGAAUUUGCAAAAAGAUAUGAAGAUUAUGUUUACACCAAAGUGGCAGACCUCACCAGCUAAUAUACCCGUGGGCCCCAAUUCUUCCUCCCCUACAACAUCCAAGCACAUGUUGGCCUUUUACAGCACACCUAAGGCAGGCUUUGAAAUUCCUACCGAACCAGAGGCUUUAUAUGUUCAUUUAUUGUUUGCUUUGAAAGACAAAAAAUUAGGAAUGAUUGAAGCCAAUUUCGCCUCACUUGUCCACACCGCUUUUGUGGCACUAGAGUUGAACUGGAGACAACUAAUAGAUGACAUAGAAUACGGCCGCGUGAACCCAGAUCUCAACAUAAGCGAAGAUAUCAGGGAGAAGCUAAACAGUUUGAUGGAACCGGACACGGCAAGGGCUCGUAUGCUAAAGAAAGAAUUUGAGAAAGGGUUUGAUAGGAUAGCCAAACGAAUAUGGCCCCUCUUGAAGAUUGUUGUGUGUGUUGACACGGGUACAUUUGAACUUUAUGGAAAGGAGCUUAGACAGAAGUACUGCAAUGGUGUCUGUUUGUACUCUCCAUUGUAUGCAGCCACAGAGGGGCUGCUAGGAGUAAAUUGUGACCCUUGGAACAAGAACCGCACGUAUCUUCUUCAUCCCAGGUCUAUGUUUUAUGAAUUCAUCCCUAUAGCUGACACAGACAAAGAACAACCAGAAACGCUAUUAAUGGGAGAGGUAGAGCAAGGAGGGGUGUAUGAAAUGGUCAUUUCAACUGUGAGUGGACUGUGGCGAUACAGGUUUGGUGAUGUGGUCAAGAUAGUGGAUUUCAAUGGCCAGUGUCCUAUUGUGGAAUUCAUGUACAGGCAAGGUCAGCUUCUGAAUGUACAUGGUGAAAAGAUAUCAGAGGAUGUAUUCUACAAGACCUUGGUGGACACUGUGAGCAGCUGGCCCAAUGUAAGCCUUGUGGACUACUGCUGUGCUGAGAGUAUUAUGGCCAGUGAGGCUGACAGAAAAGGAUCAGCUCCGUACUAUAUGGUCUUCUUGGAGCUCUCAGAAGAGAAGGCAGGGACUCUUGGGACGAAGCAAAUGUGCAUGUUGGACCAAAAUUUGCAAGAAUCUUCCUAUCCAUACAAGUCUUUUAGACAGAAGAGAGGCAUUGGUCCCAUGGUAAUUUAUGUAGUAAAGCCUGGAAGUUUUCAGGAGCUCCGGAAAUUCAUGUUGGAAAAUACAACAGCGACAGCCAACCAAUUUAAAGUACCACGAGUUUUGAAGCGAAAAGAUGCCGUUUCUUUCAUGAUCGAAAGAUCUCUUUGUUGUUAUAGAACUUAACUGGAAAUGUUAGUGUAAUUGUGUUAUAUGUCUGUUUCAAUGUGUUUUCAAGAAAAUGUAGAAAUAAUUACUGUGCUAGAACUGCUUAUAAUUGCAAAGGGUGUGCUAUGACAAUGCUAUAGUGUUACAUGGAUUGUGACAAUUCAAAAUUAAAUUUGUUCCUACCUGAUAUUUAUUACUGACUUCAUCAAACGCUUACCAAAUACCUUUUUCAUUGACUCUUGGUCAUUUUACAAUGACAUUCACAGUGCUGGGUUUAACUUUUUUGAAAGAUGCAAUCUGCACUCCUUAGAAGAGUAAAAAAUCACUGCUGCAGAUUGAAAUUGAAGUCCUUCACUGUUCCAUGUGCAUGUGGAAAUUGAAAUA